AUGGUCUACAAACCUCGGAAGGCUAUAAAGUGGGGGGUCUUGACCCACUCUGGGUGCCCAGGCCUCCCCGGGCCUCGCCGCUUGGUGUCCCCUCUGCUGCGGCUGGGCCCUAACACCAGGCUGGCCGGCUCCGGGCUCUCUGCCUGGCAUCCACCCGGUGGCAGGCCCGCCUCCUGCCCCAGCAGCGGGGCUGUGCGGGUGUCACGGCACGCAGACUCUGGGGACGAGGGGUCCUGGCCAGCCCGCUGCAGACACACCGCCUACGUGGAAAGGAGCCUCCUGCGGGGAGCAGCAGCCCGGUCUGUCCCAGGUGGGUCCCAGGCCCUGGGCCUCAAGUGCCACCAACUCCCUGCCGCACGCUGUCCCGCGGGUCUGGGGGAGGACCCGUUCUUUGAGGCCGGUACUGUUAUCACCCGGUUGAAGGGACUGGCUGCCGACUCCAGUACUGGUGCCUAG